AUGCAUUACUCAAAGUCCAACAAAAGUACUAGCCCUAGCAGCAGCAGCAGCAGUCGCAGCAAUGCUUCAACUACUACUGGUGCAAUUGCCACGACUGCUCCCGGUCGUCACCCAACUUAUCGUGGAGUAAGGCGCCGGAGCAGUGGCAAAUGGGUUUCCGAAAUUCGAGAGCCGAGAAAGCCCAAUAGGAUUUGGUUAGGGACAUUUGCCACUCCUGAAAUGGCUGCAAUUGCUUAUGAUGUGGCGGCACUUGCCCUAAAAGGCCAGGAGGCUGAGCUUAACUUCCCAAACUCGGCGGGUUCUCUGCCGGUGCCUGCCUCGACCUCUCCACGCGAUAUACAGGCGGCUUCAGCCUCAGCGGCGGCUGCUUUAGGGGCGGCAAAGGAUGCUUUAUUUGGGAUUGAGAGUGAGGAGAGUACUAAAACUAAUGUGAUAGAGUCGGAGACAGAGAGAGAAAUGAUACAACAUGAAUUUGUGGAUGAGGAUUUGAUCUUUGAUUAUCCAAAUGUUCUUGUGAACAUGGCUCAAGGGAUGCUUCUUAGCCCUCCUCGUUUGGACAUUGGUGGGGAUGAUGAUGAUGAUGAUGAUGCCGAUAAUGCUGGAGAAGAUCACAACCUUUGGAAAUUCCCUUAA